AACACUUCCCAAGCGUUAUACCACCCACCUACCACUCCAACUCUCUCUUUUUGUUAUACCCGCUCCACGCCAAUCAUGUCAACCAAGAAGAUCGAGCAAUGGGAGGUGACCAAGUACUGGGAGAUCUUCAGCAGCCUCGCGAACGGCGGCACACAUCUCGACGGCGCACAGGCUGCUUCGGUGCUGAAGAACUCGCAGCUACGAGACGAACAGCUAGAGCGGGUGUGGGACCUUGCCGACGUGGACAAUGACGGAAAGUUGGACUUUGAAGAGUUCUGUGUGGCUAUGCGGUUGAUAUUCGAUCUGGUGAAUGGGGAAGCCGUCGACGUCCCCACCACGCUCCCCGACUGGCUCGUCCCCGAAUCCAAAGCCCACCUCGUGCAAGCCUCGCGCGCCCUCUCCUCCUCCCUCCCCGCCUUCGAGACCGUCGACGACGACGACGACACCCCAGGCCUCAUGGACGGCUUCGACUGGUACAUGUCGCCCACCGACAAAGCCAAGUACGAGGAAAUCUACACGGCGAACCGCGACGGCGGCGGCGGCGUCUCCUUCCACGCACUAGAACCCCUCUUUGCUAGCCUCGACGACGUCCCCGACACCGACAUCCGCUCCGCGUGGAACCUUGUCAACCCGAAAGCGCGUGAGACUGUUGGGAAGGACGCGUGUCUCGCCUUCUUACAUGUGCUGAACGGGCGGAGCGAGGGGUUUAGGGUGCCGAGGAGUGUGCCGCCGAGUCUAAGACAGAGCUUCGAGAGCGCGCAUAUCGAUUACGAUGUUGAGCGCGUGCAGCCGCAGCGGAAGUGGGCGGCGCAUGGCGGGGAUGAUACGAGCACGGGGCGGAAAGCAAAGUUUGGGGAUGCGUAUCUCACGCGCCUGGGAGUGGGGGAUAAGGCGGGGGCGUUCCGGGCAAAGGGGACGGAUUUUGGGGGCAGGACGACGGAGGAUUGGGAGGAGGUGAGGUUGAGGAAGCAGUUGAAGGAGCUGGAGGAUAAGAUCGAGCGGAUUGAGAAGGAUGGGGAGGAGAGGAGGGGUGGGGGGAAGAGGGAUACCAAGCCGGCGCUUGUGAAGCGGGAAUUGGAGUUGAUGUUGGAUUAUAAGAGGGGGGUAUUGAGGGAGCUGGAGAGUGGAGAGGGGGGUGCGGUUAAGGGACUUGGCGGUGUGAGGGAGGAGAUUGACACAGUGAAAGAGCAGGUUGAGGGGCUGCAAGGGCAUCUUUCCAGGAGGUUGGAGGUGCUGAGUGAUUUGAGGCGGGAGAUUGAAGAAGCGAAAGCGGGGAGGUGACGCAGACUCUUGACAGAAAGAUGUGCAUGAGUCACUACAAAGUCUAUAAAACCCAACAUGACGGAAUUAAUCAACGAUACAAGCCUCAAUCCAUGAUCAU